AUGUGCAGCUUUCAGCCUCGAAUUCAAGAAUGGGCCAUGCAGAAACACGACCUGUCUGGUGGUGUUGCUCAAGCUGGACCUGUCUCUAUGCCUGCUCAUACUAGCACUCCUGUUUCGAUCUAUGACGGACCAGCAACUUCUACUUCAGCUCGACCCAGCCAGCAUGGACCUAUGUACUCUGCUAAAUGGUACAAACCCCCUUUGGAUGACAGGUCGCUAGCAAAAGACGCCAAUGGCAUGAUUGCUGUUCGUGAGGAGCUACGCGGAAUUCGUGCUCGUGUCGCAUAUGAUAUCAAGAAGCUGUCUAUGUUUGCUGGAGACGGUGGAUCGGAGGAGGAGGAUAAGGAGAAGGAGGAGAAGACUCUUGAAGAUUAUGAGCCCAACCCAUUUUACGAUUCUCAAUCUGAGUGUGGUGAGGAUAUUGGUUCAGCACAUGCCAGAUCAGAGAAGGAUGAAUCGGGAGAUGAACAAGGGGAUGUUGAUUCUCUCGGUGUUGGCGCUGUCGAUCUAAAUUCAGAUGAUGUUGACGAUGACGUUAGUGGUGACGAUGUUGGCUCUGAUGUUUUUCUACCCGAACUAGGAAAUGAUACAAGUUCUACGACUAACCUUGGAAUUCGAGUAUAA